CCAAAGCCAACACUCUGGUUUUUAUUCUUUAUUUCGCAAACAGCCAAUGAUCCGUCACCUGUAGCUCUGGGGUUGGGAUUCAUUUGGGAUUUAUCCCACAUUUCCAUCAUUUUCCUCCCGCCACUGGCUUCGCGAUGGGUCGCGCGGAGGAUACGCAUCAGCAGCGCGAGCAGACGCGACUCCAGCCGCUCCGACUCGGUUCGACAGGCUCGAGGAGGACGAGCUGAUUCUGCGGAGUUAAAGGAGAAGAAGAAGGAGGAGAGGAAGACGGAGGCGGAAAUCCCGCGAGAGAAACAAAAAAGAGAGAAAGAGAGAGAGAGGUGGUGGAGGGGGGAAAGAAACGCGGACAGAUACGCAUUCAGAGCAGAAGCGCCGCACGUGAGGCGCGCGAGCGGAGAGGGGAGUAAUCAUUAAUUUUGGAGGAGCUCCGCGGUGAAUUUCUGCUGUUUUUCCAGCUCACAGACGGAGAAAAAGGGAGUCUUCCGAACAGACUGUCCAGAUGAAUCCAAUGACACAGCUGUACUACAAAAAGGCGACCUAUUCGCCGUACCGCGACCGCAUCCCGCUUCAGAUCGUCCGAGCUGAAGUGGAGCUGUCAGCUGAGGAGCGGGCCUACCUCACCGCUGUGGAGAAAGGUGACUAUGCCGGGGUCAAACACGCCCUGCGCGAGGCCGAGGUUUACUACAACAUGGACGUGAACUGUCUGGACCCGCUGGGCCGCAGCGCGCUGCUCAUCGCCAUCGAGAACGAGAACCUGGAGAUCAUGGAGCUCCUGCUGGACCACGGCAUCCACACGGGCGACGCCCUGCUGUACGCCAUCAGGAAGGAGGUGGUGGGCGCCGUGGAGCUGCUGCUGUCGCACAGGAGGCCGAGCGGCGAGAAGCAGGUUCCCUCCCUGAUGAUGGACAGCCAGUUCUCAGAGUUCACCCCCGACAUAACUCCCAUCAUGCUCGCUGCUCACACCAACAACUACGAGAUCAUCAAGCUGCUUGUCCAGCGCAAGGUCACCAUCCCAAGGCCACACCAGAUACGAUGCGACUGCGUUGAGUGUGUUUCCAGUUCAGAAGUCGACAGCCUUCGACAUUCCCGGUCUCGACUCAACAUCUACAAGGCGCUGGCGUCACCGUCUCUGAUCGCGCUGUCCAGUGAGGAUCCCAUCCUCACUGCCUUCAGACUGGGCUGGGAACUCAAAGAGCUGAGCAAGGUGGAGAACGAGUUUCGCCAGGAGUACGAGGAGCUUUCCCAGCAGUGCAAACGAUUCGCCAAGGACCUCCUAGAUCAGGCCAGAAGUUCCCGCGAGCUGGAGACCAUCCUGAACCACAGAGACAACGACCAGAGCGAGGAGCUGGACCCCAGGCAGUGCCACGACUUGGCCAAGCUCAAGCUCGCCAUCAAGUACCACCAGAAGGAGUUUGUAGCGCAGCCAAACUGCCAGCAGCUGCUAGCCACUCUUUGGUACGACGGUUUCCCGGGCUGGAGGAGACGACACUGGGCCGUCAAACUGGUGACCUGCUUCAUCAUCGGACUGCUGUUCCCAGUCUUCUCACUGAUCUACCUGUUGGCCCCAAAGAGCGCUCUGGGGCGCUUCAUCAAGAAACCCUUCAUCAAGUUCAUCUGCCACACCGCGUCCUACCUGACCUUCCUCUUCCUCCUGCUGCUGGCGUCGCAGCACAUCGCCCGCACCAACCUGCACAUGCAGGGACCCCCACCCACCAUUGUGGAGUGGAUGAUCCUUCCCUGGGUGCUGGGUUUUAUCUGGGCAGAGAUCAAGGAGAUGUGGGAUGGGGGAUUCACAGAGUACAUCCAUGACUGGUGGAACCUAAUGGACUUUGCCAUGAACUCCCUCUACCUGGCCACCAUUUCUCUGAAGAUAGUGGCUUACGUCAAGUACAACUCCUCUCGUCCAAGGGAGGAGUGGGAAAUGUGGCACCCGACGCUGAUCGCCGAGGCUCUGUUCGCCAUCGCCAACAUCUUCAGCUCGCUCAGACUCAUCUCCCUCUUCACAGCCAACUCCCACCUCGGCCCUCUGCAGAUCUCUCUGGGGCGGAUGCUGCUGGACAUCCUCAAGUUUCUCUUCAUUUACUGUCUGGUUCUGUUAGCGUUUGCUAAUGGACUCAACCAGCUGUAUUUCUACUACGAGACCAAGGCUUCAGAAGAACCAAACAACUGCAAGGGGAUCCGCUGUGAAAGGCAGAAUAACGCCUUCUCCACGUUAUUUGAGACUCUCCAGUCGCUCUUCUGGUCCAUAUUUGGGCUGCUCAACCUUUACGUCACCAACGUGAAAGCUCGGCACGAGUUCACCGAGUUCGUCGGGGCGACGAUGUUCGGGACGUAUAACGUCAUCUCUCUGGUGGUUCUGCUGAACAUGCUCAUCGCCAUGAUGAACAACUCCUACCAACUCAUCGCUGACCACGCCGACAUUGAGUGGAAGUUUGCCCGCACCAAGCUGUGGAUGAGCUACUUUGAUGAGGGCGGCACGCUGCCCCCUCCCUUCAACAUCAUCCCCAGCCCAAAGUCCUUCUGGUACCUCCUGAUGUGGCUCCACAACAAGCUGUGCAGGACAGGCCAGCCGCCCGGAGAGGCCUCGCACAAAUGCGAAAACCUUCGAGAGUUCACUGAGCGCCAUGCUGACAGUCUGAUACAGAACCAGCAUUACCAGGAAGUGAUUCGAAAUCUGGUGAAGAGAUACGUGGCCGCCAUGAUACGAAGCGCCAAAACGGAUGAAGGGCUGACGGAGGAAAACUUCAAGGAGUUGAAGCAGGAUAUCUCCAGUUUCCGCUAUGAAGUCUUGGAUCUCCUCGGCAACCGGCGUCCUCCCCGGCGACACUAUUCUUCAUCCAGCGAGACGACAAAAGACGAUGGUGCCAUGGCGUCAGAGGAUGACAGCGAAUCAGGUGAUGGCCCUGGAGAAGGAGGGGGAGGAGGAGGCGUUGGAGUCCAGAAGUCGAAGAGCGUCACCUUCUCCAACCCGGUGGAGGACGACAGAAGGCCAGCGCCGACGCUCGGCGUGUCUGCGCUGGUGCGCUCCAUUUCAGGAAUGACACGGAUAGACAAAGCAGAGGAGGGAAGACUGGAGGACAGAGUGGGGUGGGGAGAAGAGGAGGAGGAAGAGGAGGGGAAACCAAAAAGCAACGGGCUAAAGACGGCCGUCAUGCCUCCGUCCUCCACCAAUGUCCUCCCCUCGCCAUCGUCGUCAUUUUCCUCUUCGUUAUCAUCAUCGCUUUCUCGCACAAGGAGCCGCCUGCAGCGCCUCUCGUCCCCAAGCGCAAAGACAGACUCUUUCAAACGCCUCUCCUACCUGUUCUCCCGCUCCAAACGCAAAGCCCCGCCCACACCGCUGCCUCUCCAGUCCCCGCCCUCGUACACCAUCUCCGACGGGCUGCUCCGCCCCCUCGGGAGCCACAGUCACUCCGACUUCGGACUCAGCGACGUCACCAGAAGCGACACUCACCUGAACGAGGUGGGUCGCUCGGUGGACAUGCCGUCAUUCUCGCCGCUGAGAACGAACGGGCGGGACUCGCUCCUGACGCUUCCCCUCCCGCCGCCGUGCCCCUGCCAAUCCCUGCACUGUGCUUCCAACAUGUCUGAGUCCAGCUCGCGACUGCUGGACUCCAGCGAGGACGUUUUCCAGGGAGAGGGCAUAGAAGGGGCAGGCGAAGAAGGCAUGGACGGAGGAGGCGGAGGGGGAAUGAUGAUGAUGGGGGGGUGGGUGGGACCAUGUGACGAUGUCUUAGAGGACAGCUGCGAUGUCAUAGAGGACUCUGUUACCACGCAGCUAUAG